AUGGCGGGCGCGGCCUCUUCCGACGCGUCAGCGUCCUGCUCACUUGGACCAUCCUGCCCAGUCUCUCGGUCCUCUUCUUCCGCUUCUUGCCCCGACCUGUCCGCAUCUCCAUCCUCAUCCUCCUGUUGCCCCUCCUCGCCGUCUGCGUCAAAAUGUGCUGGGCCCCAUUCCGCGCACAAGUGCGUCGUUGCCGCUGCCUUGUCGACUGUCUUGGCUACACCGCCGCUCCUCUUUCCUUCUCUGAAGCCCGUUGAACUGUCUCCUGACCACGUGUCUACGUCCUUCGCAUCUGCUCGACACAAACUCUUUCGUUUCUCUCCCUUCAACUUUUCGCCGCCCCGCUCCGGCCCUCUCUGUCCGAUGCGGGUCGUCCACGGGUCGGACUUGCAGCGCGCCUGUGUCUUGCCCCCGUUUGCCUCGAGCGUCGCCUCUGCUCCCGCUGAGGCAGAACAUACGGGCGCUGUGUGUCCCUUUAGAGGACACACAGAUGGCGACUCUUUUAUUGCGAGGCUGAAGGGGCGCGCAGAGCCCACAGAAACCAACGAGCAAACAGAAAAGAAAUCGAGCCUCGCCGCGGAACUCCACGCAGAGCCCAUCAACCCCCGCAACAUGAUGCCCGACAUCUCCAACGAGCCGCACCAAGACGGAGACGAUCUGACGCUCUCGACCAAAAGACGACUUUCCACCAUUCCCAAGACAGGAGAAGAUGCCACGUGGGUGUAUCCGUCGCCUCUGCAGUUUCACCGCGCAAUGAAGAAAAAGAACAAAGAACCCCCUCCCGCUGAUGCCAUGGAAACCACCGUCUACGUGCAUGACGUAGUCAACGAAAGAACUUGGAAAAACAUUCUCCACUGGGAGAACUCAUUUCACAAGGACUGUGAGAAGCCGACUCUGAGUCGCUUUGUGGGCCGAUCCUCCGACUAUACGCCGACGGCGCGACUUCGCCAGUACUUCUCCUAUAUGGGCCUCCCUUUCGAUCGCCACGACUGGUAUAUCGACCGGUGUGGAGAGACAGUGCGGUACGUGGUGGACUACUACGAUGACCCCCAGGCCAGCGACAACAUCCAGGCAAGUCUCUCGGUCCUCGCCACAUUCCAAGGCGGCAAGUCCAACGAACAGAAAGUCUUCAUCGACGCGCGCCCCGCCUGGUUCGACUCGUGGCAGAACUUCUCCGAUAAUGUGCGCCGAGUCUUUUCUUCGAUUUUUGCGUAA